UUGAAGCAUUCUUGAUGAGAUUUGUGAUAACUUUGCUAAAUGAAAGUUUAAUUUAUAAAUCCCUGACCUCAAGUCAGGGCAUAGAUGGAAGCAGGGACAAUGAAAAACUCUUCUUCAUCUCCCUUAUUCGUUCAACUAGGUGCCCUAAUACUCUUCUUUCUACUCUCUCUCCUCCGAUCGCCGGUAACGGCGAGUGCUGAAAUAGGAUUCAUGUCCCCUGAGCUUGCCGCCUUCAAGGCCCGUUGGCUCAUGGCCAAAAACAACUGGGGCAUCCUUAGCACAAUCUCAGUUGAUCUUGGAGGAGCUCCAUUUGGGAAUGUGGUUUCAUUUAGUGAUGGCGAACCCGGGCAUGGAUUUGGGGUCCCCUACUUCUAUUUAGCAAAACUGGAACCUAAAGGAGGAUAUGAAAUAAAUGGAACUAGGGCUGCCUUAACUGUAAGUGAGGAUCCACUCGGAACUUGUAGAAAAGAUGCUCAAAACCCUAAUUGUAGUAGGAUUUCUCUCACUGGGAAGUUAAAAUGGAUCAGCUUGGAAAAUCCUGAAAUUAAGUUUGCCCAAGUUGCCCUGUUUACAAAGCACCCUGAGAUGAAAGAUUGGCAAAGCUAUCGGAGCUUUCAAAUAUACAAACUAGACCUUGAAGACAUUUUUCUCUUCUAUUUGUUUGGUAGCCCCAUGCAUCUGACUCCAAAAGACUACCUGAAGGUUCCUCCAAUAUAAGCGAAGGAAGCAGUUUCCGCUAUAAGACUUGCAUUUUUCAGGAUUAUUUGUUAAGAUAAAAUAAUAAAUGCUCAACCCCUAGCAUGUUACUCUGGUGUUGGCCUUGAUAGGCUUUGAGUUGAACCUAUUUAAACAUAUUACAGAAAUAAAAGUAUAUGUUUUGAAGAUGCACUUUCAAGAUUGGCAUCUUCACUUGCAUAGAGCAUGUCAAAUCAAUUUUAAUAAAUAAUUCAGUGGCAUGUACAUAUUUUCUUGUAGUCUAGAUGUGCUAAAUAUUUUUCACAUAGCAUGAUCACCAAUUUGGCAAUUUUUUAUGAGAUUCAAAUUUACUUGGAGAAAGUUCAAGAGAUAUUUUAGUUUAUUUGAUUUUGAUUAAUGGACUUCUUACCAUAAAAGCUGGCACAAUUUUAGAUGUCGAGCUUAUAAGCAUGGAAACUAGCCCAAGUUGUUAUUUGAUAACCAUGCAUCGUUGUUCCCACAUUUGCCAAAGAUUAGGAAUUAAACUUGAUUACACGGCAUAGAUGGUUUGGUGUCAGCCCAAUUAAUUGAGUUAGGGUUUACAUCCUUAGGAAUGCGCAUGAAUAGUACUUACAAUCUAAAGGAGAAAAGCCUAGUGGCAAUUCAAUCUCGAGAGUGACAAAGGAAUGAGAUUGAAACAUACAACCUCGAAGGUGGGUAAAGUCUAUAAAUAGAACUUAUAAUCUCAAGAGCAAGAAAAGUCUGUAAGUGACACUUAAAGCCUUGAGAACAACAAAAGCCCAAAAGUGGUUUUUACGGACUUGUAAACGUAAGGUAGCCCAAUUAAAUAAAUUAGUUGGAUGGACUUGUUGGCUCCAUGUUGAACCAAUUAACUGAGUAAACCGGUUCGAUAAAUAAGGUUGAGGCUUGCAUCCAAAUAAAGGCUAGGGUGGGGCUUGCAACCUCAAGGGCAAGGGAAUCUCAAAUUUCAAAUAUAAGGCAUAAUAUGAAAUAUCAUUAUAUACUUUGAUAAUGAUAUUACAAAGUUCCGGUGAACCGAGACUUAUAGCCUUAGAUUUGAGCAAAUCCAAUAUAGGUCCUAUUGUUUUUGGCUUUAGAGUGACAUAUAUAAAAGGGCCUUACAAUCUUGUCCUAUAGACAUGGUGGUCUAAUUAAUUGGGAGUUAUCAACUUGAGUGCCAAAAAGUCCAUAAU